CAGCCAAGCCCAUCUCGACCGAUGAGUUCGAAGGCACGUGUGCGGGCCAACCGGCACGCAUUCGGUGGGGAAGCAGCCGACGCCUACGACAGCCUACGCUGGCGCGCAGCCCGAGUGCCAGCAGCAAUAGAGAAAGAUAGACCACAUAAAUGAUUUUAUUACGUAACUCUCAAGUGUCUUUACUGGCUGGCGUCCUUCUGGGCCUGUGCCAGGCCGUCCCUGAAGCCGUCCUUGUAGCCAGCCGAGUAGCCGCCCUUCUCGUUCUGCCGCUUGUUGAUGUUGGCAGCGAACUCGGGGUCGGCGCUCUUGCGCAGCGUCAUACGUGCAUGGAACUGGAUCGCAUCAGGCAUGUUCUUGUGAGCAAAGCCCACGCGCAGCGGACGGCCGCCAAAGUCCUGCUGGUUGAGCUCGGCGAUGGCGUCGGAGCCGCGCUUCGCCACAUCGCUGACCUCAAUGGCCGAUGGCGCCGGCAGCGCCGCCAGCUCCUCGAUCGUCGACGGCAGAUCGCCGCUGUACAGCUUGAUGAACGCAUUCGCGUACGGCUGCUGGUUGCGCGCCUGCGGGAAGUGGUACUCGUAGACCGGGACCGUACUUCUCAAACAACGGCGCCAGCUUCUCCUCGGUCGUACCCAGGGGCAGGUUGGUCACGUACAGGAUGCUCGAGGCGAGCCCGCGCGUCUGGAUGCGCUGCGUGCGCAUAGCGGUGGUGGCGACAGUGCGAAGGGUGGUGCCGAACAUUUUUGGUGUCUGGUUGUGCGGAAGUCAGAUAUAUAUAAAAGCGUAGAGGAGAGGGAGAAAGCAAAGCGGAUCGAGAUUGCAUUUCUAGGGCGAUUGCAGUGAGCAGAAAAUUUUCGCCCUCCUUUAUGCUGAGCUCAAAAAAAGUCGCGCCAAAGAUAAACAGAUCAGCUUGAUCCUGGAACCCCAGACCAGCCAGCCUCUGGAAUCCUUCUUCUCCUGUCUCUGUGGCCCAAUUAUUUCCUAUUCACCUGCUUACU